AUGUUCUCACUGACAAACCGUGUGAAGACAGAUUUCCGGGCAUCGCUCAGCGAGAACCCCCUUAACAACCUCAUCAGAAUCCAAAUGGAAAGCCCACCACUUGAAGAGUUCGAUCCCACUCCUGCCAUCCAGUUAUGGGCAAUGGGUGCUACUCGCCGCCUAAACCAAAGGGAAAGGAAGCAUUACAGUGCCAGAGAAUCGAAGAAUAGGCGGAAGGUGUUAAUCAAUGCUUCUUCAACUGAAGAAAGUUCCGGCACUGACAGUGAGGAAGAUUUCGAAAGAGAAGACAAAGACGAAGGGGGGAAAGUGUUAAUUGCAGAGCUUGAUGAACUUGAGUAGCGAAACCGAGUUAUUUGUUUUUUAAGCCCUAGGAAUUGUCAUGAGCAUCCGAACAUGAAACGCUUGGCUGCAACGUAAUAGAACUAUUCAAGUUUUUUAUUUGUUGUAAUCACUAAUUACAUCCAGGGUCGAGCAGUUCCAUUGGCAUUUGGCUUAAAAUAUUUUUUUCCAUUUACUUGCCUUGCAAUGCGGCUUGCCAGAAAAUUUUGCUAUUAGUUAAAAAGUUUUCUUGGGUGAAAAGGUAGCGUACAGUUAUCUACUGUACAGAAGGUUCACGUUUUAUUUUCUAUAUAUUAAUAUCCAAUUAUUUUUUGUUGUUGUCUUUUAGGGGAUAGCUUUCUGCUUGAAACUAAAGAAAGCAUAGUGUUGGAAAAAAAAAUUGAAAAGAACAAACCAUAUGUCACUUCCCGCACACCCAGCAAAACGUGCUUGGCUACUAAGCUUUCU